GUAGGUCUAUUGCCAGCCCUAAUAUUAAUGCACUUGCUGGGACCGACAUUCCACUCCUUCCCAUGUAAUCAACGGCGACUUACUUGUCCACGUUGACCGACAUUCCACUCCCCAUUUCUUCUCUACACGCAUAGACUUCCGUCCCUCUUCUCUCUCUACACCAAGACUCUCUUGGAGUCAGCCCCCUUCUCCCCUGCACACAAAAAGCCUUCUCUGUCUCUGUCUCUCUCUAUAUCCUUGAAAAGACAGAGAUUGGAUCCCCAACUUUCUCUCUCUUCAUUUAGGAGAGAGAAAGGAAGAAGAUGGUGGUGGAACAUGUUGUGAUGAUGCCAUUCAUGGCGCAGGGGCACCUCAUCCCAUUUGCCGCCCUUGCUGAGCUCCUCUCUGAGCUUCACUCCCUCAAAAUCACCCUCGUCAAUACCCCCCACAACGCCUCCAAGCUGCGCUCCAUGAUGAAUCCCAAGGCCGCCGGCGCCAUCGACGUCGCUGAGCUCCCCUUCUCGAGCGCCGACCAUGGCCUCCCCCCGGAUGCCGAGAACACAGAUGCCCUCCCUUACCCUCUCAUUCUCCGCCUCUUCGAAGCCUCCGAGACCCUCGAACCUGCCUUUGAGAGCCUCAUCUCCGAUGUCGCUCGCAAAGAUGGCCGCCUACCGCUUUGCAUCGUCGCGGACGUCUUCUGUGGCUGGACAGUGUUGGUGGCAGAGAGGCUUGGCAUCCAUCACGUGGUAUUCACUACCUGCGGGGCCUUCGGCACGUUGGGGUACGCAUCUACAUGGUUGCACCUGCCGCAUGUGGGGACUGACGCCGACGAGUUCCCGGUCCCAGGUAUGCCGGGCGUCAGGCUUCACCGGACGCAGCUCGCGAGCCACCUCAGAGUAGCGGACGGCAAAGACGGAUGGUCGAUCUUUUUACAGAAGCACAUAUCCCUCUCAAUGCAUCGGUCGAGGGGUGAUAUGCUAUGCAACACGGUGGCCGAGCUCGAGCCGGAUGGUAUAAGGCUACUGCAAACGAUGACUGGGAGCCGAGUCUUGCCAAUUGGGCCCCUCUUGCCUCUCUCUCUCUUCUCCGAGAAUUGGGCGAGGGAGCGCGGGGGCAAGCCACUGGGGAUCUCAGCCGAAAGCUGCAUAGCCUGGCUCGAUACUCAGCCACUGCGCUCGGUCCUGUACGUUUCAUUUGGGUCGCAGAACACAGUUUCGAGGUGGCAACUGAAGGAACUGGCACUGGGUCUCGAGGCGAGCGGUGCAGGAUUCAUCUGGGUGGUGCGACCACCGUUGGAGUUCCCCAUGACUGCCGAGUUCAGAUCAGAGUGGCUUCCGGAAGGGUUCGAGGAGCGGGUGAAAGACCGCGGCCUGAUCGUCAAGGGGUGGGCACCGCAACUGGCGAUUCUGUCGCACAAGGGGACCGGCGCUUUCCUGAGCCACUGCGGGUGGAAUUCGGUAUUGGAGAGCCUAAGCCAAGGAGUUCCUCUCAUUGGAUGGCCCAUGGCGGGGGAGCAAUUCUACAACACGAUCAUGUUGGGGGACGAAAAAGUUGGGGUCUGUGUGGAGGUUGGGAGGGGGAAGGAGGUGGGGGUGGAUAGAGAGAAGGUGGCGAGAGUGGUGGCGGAGGUGGUGAAAGGGGAGAAGGGAGCGGAGAUGAGGAGAAAGGCCGCCGAGAUGAGAGAGGACCUCAGGAAAGGGAUGGCGGAGGAGGAGAGCGGUGGUGGUUCUUCUCUUAGAGCUUUGGAUGAAUUCGUUGCAUCAAUUGUGAGCCCGCAUGUGCACUUUGUGGCUUGACUUAUUAAUGGCUGUUGCUUCAAAUUGAGCCGCAGUAUUGCACCCUUGGCUCUUUAGUGUGCUCCUUCUAAGGCUCGCAGGACCACCAAUUCUUUGGAUGCUUUCGCCUGGAAAGGCAACAUAUUUUAAGUUUAGAAUAAAAUUUUGUUGGACA